AUGGAGAAGGCAGCACCGCUCAGCAGCAAUCCGGUCAUCCAGGAAGGCCCGAAGGCAGAGCCGCCUGUUAUGGUGGACGACGUGGAGUCUGGAAAGGAGCUGCAGAAUGAAGCUGUCCAUGCAGACUACAAUCAGCACAAAUCCGCAGCCGACAAGGCUUUGCUCUGGCGGCAGGAUAUCCGUAUCAUGCCGAUCACCAGUUUGUGCUAUUUGCUUUGUUAUCUCGAUAGGUCGAAUAUCGGAAAUGCCAAAGUUCUGAAUGCAGAUGAGCGCCAUGACCUGCUAUCCGAGACCAACAUGACAAACUACCAAUACACCAUAGCUCUGAUGGUGUUUCUGAUAGCGUAUACCAUUUUCGAGGUGCCUUCGAAUUAUCUGCUAAAAAAGGUAAAACCUUCGAGGUGGAUAAGCUUUCUGAUGUUUUCCUGGGGAGCCAUUACCAUCGGUCUUGGAGGUUCUCAUAACUUCGCCACGGUCACUGCCGUCCGGUUUCUGCUCGGUAUUUUUGAAGCGGGCCUCUUCCCUGGCCUCAUCUAUUACUUCAGAGCGUUCGGCGGCGCAAUUGCGUACGGGGUGGGGUACAUGAACGGUACCUCCGGAAUGUCUGCCUGGCGUUGGUUAUUCAUUCUCGAGGGUAUUCCGUCAUGCGCCUCAGCGGUCUUUAUCUGGUUCGCCUUACCUGACUACCCGGAAACCGCGAGCUGGCUGUCUAGCGAAGAGAAGGCCUUGGCAGCUGAUCGCUUGCGCCUCGACGGAUCUCAGGGUGGCGCAAAAAGCAUGACCUGGAAAGACGCGAAAGAGACGCUGACUGAUUGGCGUUUGUAUCUGCACUACGCGCUAUACUUCGGUAUCUCGGCACCAUACAGUGCCCUGAGUUUGUUUGCGCCGAGUAUAACGGCCGGCCUGAACUACAAGGGGCUGAAGGCCCAGCUCAUGACCGUGCCGCCAUACGCGGUCGCGUAUGUGGUUACGGUGGCCGUGGCUUGGUCCGCGGAUCAUUUUAAUGCGCGCGCCCUCCAUUCGGCUUGCCUUGCCACUAUCGGCGCAGCAGGCUUCCUAGCUUCAGCAACCCUCGCCCCGGAUGCUUAUCUGCAACGCUAUGGCUGUCUGAUCGUUGCCACCUCGGGUACCUUUUCAUGCAUCCCCCCACUCCUUGGCUGGCUCUCUUCGAACAUGUUCAACACAGCAGCCACGGGUCUUGCCAUUGCACUGAAUGUAUCUUUCGGGGCACCGGGCCAGAUUACAGGGGUGUGGAUCUACAAGGCCGAGGAAAAGACCAAAGGCUAUCCUACCGGGCACUUUGUGAAUGCGGGGCUGCUCUUCUUCGUGGCUGUUGGAGGACUGGCCCUGCGCUUCUAUUACCGCAUGUUGAACCGCAAGACGCUGAGGGAGGGCGGGGACAGGUUCUAUGUGUACUGA